CACCUAUUCACACCUCUUCGAAACCCCCGUAGCUUUCAACCCAAAUUGUCUAACAUUCACAAACACAUAUAUAAAUGCCAUAUACGUGUCUGAGUUGUUGACAACCUCUAUUUUAUUGUUUCCAUGCCUCUAUAUGCGUUCACAUUUACAUUCACGCAUUUCAUCGAAUACUUUCAUUGCAUCCCAUUUCGCUUAAGUGAAGCUGAUUUCUUUUUCGGAAAAUUCUGAUUUGUCCUCUGUUUAUGCUUGUGAAGUUCUCGAGACAACACUCAACCAGAUGAGUAGUAGUAAUCUGCAGAGUAAGCGGAGGCGGAAAAGGUCUGACUGCCUUCCGCAAGUUCCCGCCGGAGAUGGAGGCGGCGGCGGCGAUGGAGGUGAUGAACGGGACGAGAAACCGAUGGUGGCUAAGACCCGCGGGUUGAAAGAGAUCAUAACCUCGUUGUUGUUGCUUGAGGAGCAAGAAAAGCAGGAGCGAGAGGAGUACGAGAGAGAGGAAGAAGAGAGCAAAUCCCACCUGGAGGCGAAUCACAAGAAGAGGACCCGCGUGAUGUGGGAGUUCUUCUCCACCGCGCAGCACCACCAGAGCGCGGCGGAGCAGAUCGACGGGGCGCGGAAGCAGAAAGGGCGGGCUAACACCAGGACCGCCGCGGCUGCAAUCGCAGCCGCGGCGGCGGCGGCGGAGCAGGAGGUGGAUUCCGGCAGCAGUAGAACCGAGAAAACCGCACAGCGGCGGCUGUGGGUGAAGAACCGAUCCACGGCCUGGUGGGAUGAAUGCAACAGUGCAGAUUUCCCAGAUGAAGAAUUCAAGAAAGCGUUCCGAAUGGGAAAAGAUACAUUCGAGAUGAUAUGCAGUGAACUGAGCUCCGCAGUUGCCCGGGAGAACACCAUGCUGAGAGACGCUGUGCCUGUGAAGCAAAGGGUCGCAGUUUGUAUAUGGAGAUUGGCAACAGGGGAGCCCCUCAGGCUAGUUUCCAAGAAGUUCGGAUUGGGGAUUUCAACCUGCCAUAAGCUUGUUCUUGAGGUCUGCACAGCAAUCAAGACUGUAUUAAUGCCCAAAUACUUACAAUGGCCCGACGAAACCAAAAUCACAAGUAAUAAACACGAAUUCGAGAUGAUAUCAGGGAUCCCGGAUGUAGUAGGAUCAAUGUACACCACUCACAUACCCAUCAUUGCUCCCAAGAUCAGCGUAGCCUCGUAUUUCAACAAGAGGCACACCGAGAGGAACCAGAGGACAUCGUACUCGAUCACAGUCCAAGGCGUGGUGGAUCCAAAGGGUGUGUUUAAUGAUGUGUGCAUAGGCUGGCCUGGCUCAAUGCCUGACGAUGAAGUGCUUGAGAAAUCCGCCCUGUCCCAGAGGGCGAACGGGGGGCUAUUGAAUGGCGUUUGGAUAGUUGGGAGCUCGGGUUUCCCUUUGAUGGAUUGGGUUCUGGUGCCAUACUCUCAGCAGCAUUUGACCUGGACACAACACGCUUUCAAUGAGAAGGUCGCGGAGAUCCAGAAGGCAGCCAAAGACGCUUUCGCGAGGCUGAAAGGCAGGUGGUGCUGCCUGCAGAAGAGAACAGAAGUUAAGCUCCAAGACUUGCCUGUCGUGCUCGGGGCGUGCUGCGUGCUGCACAACAUUUGCGAGAUCAGGAACGAGGAGAUGGAUCCCGAGCUCGCCAUCGAGCUCAUUGACGACGUCACAGUUCCAGAGGUUCUGCUAAGAUCAACCACCGCAAGAAUCUCCAGAGAUAACAUUGCUCAUAAUCUUCUGCACCAUAACCAUGCUGGCACUUCUUUCCUGUCAUGAAAUGUAUAGUAUAUGAUGGGUUCAUAUUCUUUUAAGCUUAUAAUACUUCAUAGCUCUCUCUAUAUAUAACCUUCAAAAUCCUUGAAAGGGAGUAUAUAAAUAAGAGCAUUGUUGUUGCACA